AUGAGGAACAUCCUAAAACUCGCAGCACUGGCUGCGUCCCUUACGGCCGCAGAGGCCCAGCUCAGGGUGCGUCUGCUGUCCUCGAGCGUGCGCGAACUCGCCGAGCCAGACUUCGAGACAUUCGUAGUGGAAAGCGAGGCGCAAAGCUCUUCUGCUUCAUUGAGUGAUGUCAAUUUCACUGUAUCUGCGCCGGAGGGGUCGUACCUGCAGGGCGACUACUACAAGUACCAGUACACGCGUGCUGUCUCGCACUUGGGCGAGCGCGUGGUGAACCAGGGUAUCACCACCGACCCGGAUAAUCCGGGGGCUAUUACGCUGUCUAUCCUAGGGCUGGAAGAGGGUGAGCACACGCUGCUUACAUGGCAUAAUCUCUGGUCGGAACCGGAGGACUCUGCUGCCACGGUUGCCGUUUCUGCUGGGGGAGAGGAGCUGGACUCGGUUGAGCCGUCCGUCCGUGUAGACAAUAUCUGGGAAUCGCAGACGUCGUACAUUACCUUUUCGGUUUCAUCGCCCGAUGAGGCUGUCGAAAUCACAUACACCCCGAACGGCGGCGAUGGGCUCGUCUUUCUGAACGGCUUUGAGAUCGAUACUCCUGCCAUUGGAAACCAGGUCUCCUUUCCUACUCCUGCGAAUCGCGACGAGCGUUUACAGCCUGAAGGUGAUAAUGUCACUGCCACCUGGAGAGCACCGACUGGUGUUGAGUCUCCUACGUACAAUGUCUAUCUUGGAACAGCGGAGGACGACCUAGCGGAGGCUGGUACAGGGCUGAGUGAGCCCAGUGUAACUCUAUCAGACCUUAACAGUCUGGACACGUUCUACUGGCGCGUCGAUGUCGUCUCCGGUGAUACCACCUACACCGGACGCACGUUCAUGUUCCGGCUUGCCACCCUGGCUUUCCCUGGUGCAGAGGGAUACGGUCGAUUCGCACGAGGCGGCCGCGGCGGCAAAGUCGUCAAAGUAACCAGCCUGGAAGACACCGAAGACCCCGGCACAUUGCGCCACGCACUAACAAUCGAAACGGGUCCUCGGACAGUCAUCUUCGACGUCGGCGGCGUAAUCACCACGACGUCCCGCAUGACCGUGAACGGGAACUACAUCACACUGGCCGGUCAAACAGCGCCCGGGAAGGGCAUCGCCAUACAGGGGCGGCCGUUUGGGCUAUCCGGUGCGUCAGAUGUGAUAUUUCGACAUAUCCGCGUGCGCCCUGGCUCGUCGAGUGGUGAGACGGUCGACGGGAUGGGCAUGCAGGGGUCGAAUUACUGUAUCUUUGACCGCUGCUCGAUGGGCUGGGCGAUCGAUGAGUCGUUUUCGUCGCGGUCUGCGAAGAACAUCACCUUCCAGCGGAACAUGAUCUCGGAGCCGUUGAAUGUUGCGGGCCAUAAGAAUUACCCUGAGGGCACGGCGCAUGGGUAUGCGGCUACUGUGGGUGGUGAUGUUGCCAGUCUGCAUCAUAACCUGAUUGCCCAUGCUGAGGGACGAAGCUGGAGUAUGGGUGGUGGCGUUGAUGAUAAUGCGAACUUUGCAGGACGAUUGGAUAUUCGCAAUAAUGUUGUUUAUAACUUUGGCGGACGAGUCACCGACGGCGGCGCAAUGGAGGUCAACUUUGUGGGAAAUCUGUAUAAACAGGGCCCUGCAAGUGAACUAACCUACGCUCUGCAAGCUACAUACGAGGACGACCUCCCCGGAAAACAGCAGUACCACUGCGCCGGCAACUCCAUGCCAGGCGUCUUCGACCAGGACUCAACGCAGUUCGUCGACGACGGCACCGGCCAGACGUCCGAGAUCGCCUGCUACGCCGACAUCAGCAUCGACCCGGCCCCCAGCUACCAGAAGUUCUUCGAUGAGCCGUUCUUCCCCUCCCAUAUAACCGAGCAAACAUCCACAGAGGCAUACAAGCGCGUCCUCUCCGACAGUGGCGCAUCCCAGCCCGUAUUCGACGAGCACGACACGCGCAUCAUCCAAGAGACCUUGGACGGCACAACCACAUACGAGGGCUCCGUAUCUGGCAAACCCGGCCUGAUCGACAACGAAGCCGACGCCGGCGGAUUAGAGGAGUUUCCCACCGUCUCGCGCAGCUCGUCCUGGGACGCAGACGACAACGGUAUCGCGGACUGGUGGGACGGAUCUACCGGUGGUGACGGAUAUACGGUGCUUGAAGGGUACCUGAAUUUCAUGGCCGACCCGCAUGUUUAUGUUUCUCCUGGUGGAAAUGUGGAAGUUGACCUUAGCAAAUUGGCUGCUGGGUUUGUGGAGCCCGGGUUUACGGUUGGUGAGACGGUGAAUGGACUUGGUGAGGUGAAUGUUGAGUCGGGCACUGCGACUUAUACGUCUACUGGGGAUGCUGGGGUUGAUUACUUCACGGUGAGUGUUGAGGAUAGUGAGGGCAGCACGUGGGAGAGGAGGGUUGGUGUUGCUAUUUUCGAGGGCGCUGAUGAUGUUGAGUGA